AUGCUAGAAAAUGAAGCCAAAGCUCAAUUUUAUGGUUGCAGAAGCCCAGUGCCACUCCUUCAGAUCUCGCGUCGAAAAUGGCAUCCCCCGGUGCUGAUCGGCCCGCCGAGGGCGCUGAACAAUGGUGCAGCCAUCGACGAGCUCCAUUCCACCGUUUUCGGGAAGACUGGUCGUAUAUUCGGGCAUGGGCAUUGGAACACAGUCAAUGCAAGGCUCGAGUACGGGCAGCUGCUGCGCGGCAAGAAGCGCUACGAGCAGGCUGAGUCGCUGUACAGGACUUUCAUCGACGAGAUGGACCGGGAUGGCGGGCCGGAGUCGGUGGCGGUGCUCUGCAUCUUCAACGCGCUCGGUACGGUGUACGCAAAACGCCAGAAGCUGAAGGAGGCGGAGGCUAUCCUCGUUCGCGCCGUGGCCGGCUUCCGCACACAGAGUGGUGAUAGGGACGAGAGAACGCUGACCGCAGCAUUCAACCUCGGUGGUGUGUACCAGGAUCGCGAAAAGCUCUGCUGUGCGAUCAGCAUGUACCACGGGGCCGCGUACGUUUUUAAAGACGUGAUGGGCAUCUCUGACAAAACAACGAUCGCGGCCUUUACGUCGCUCGCGGCAUUGUGCUCUGCUGGCCGCGCCCUGCCGGAGGCGGAGGAGGCGUACAACCUCGCACUGCGGGGGCUGGAAGAGGCUGCAAGACAGAGUUCUAUGGACGAUCUCAUCCUGAAACUUGACCUGGGCGUUUUAUAUCGUGAUGUUGGAAGACUAGGGGCUGCAGAGAAGCUCACACGCGAGGUCUAUCAAGGGCUCAAGGAUGCUCGUUCCGGCCAUGCGGCCGCCGCGCUCACCUGCCUCGGCACCGUGUACGCGCGCCAGGGACGAGCCGCGGAAGCGGAGACGAGUUUAUCCGAUGCUCUCAAAGAUUUCGCUACAUGCGAGACCGAGUACUCUGCGACGGCGUACGCAGCCUCUUUCAGCCUCGAUAAUCUUCUCCGCAGCCAUCGCCGGCUGGCGGAGGCUGAAGCGAUGUACCAGCGGGCCUGGAGCAGCGCACGGUCGGUCGGAGGGCUGCAACACGCCACAUCUUGUACGGUGGCCGACGCUUUGAGCUCUUUGUAUAAGGAAUAG